UUCUUCUUAUUAUUAUCAAACAUCUUUCUUUCACUGCGCCAUUCUCAUAUUCAAAUUUCCAUACUCAACUGCUUUAGGGAAAAAAAGAGAGAGAAGAAAAACUAUUCUGGUGGAUUUUUUAUUUUUUGUUCAUUAGUUAAUUAAUGACAAUAGAAUUUAGAAGACGAGAGGCUUUUCGAUUAUACAAAGCUACCUGGGCACGUGUUGUUAUCGAUACUCACCCAUCUCCUUCAUCCCCUGAAUCUGGAAGAAUUUGGGAGCACGUCACUUUGUCCGUAACUAAAUCUCGCAAAAAGUACUAGAUCGUAGAUUUUGCUGAAUAUCAAUGGCAAAUCAGGAGCUCAGCAAUGUAUCAUCAGCUCACCAGGUGGAAAGCUUUGCCAUAGAACUAAAUGAUGAUGGCCAUUCUGACAUUCUUAAUGAACGACCUGGAGUUACACCUGAACUAACUCAUGAAACACAUCACCACAAAAUCCACAAAGGAAAAGGAGGUUGGAAAUCAGCCGGACUCAUAUUGGUGAACCAAGGUUUAGCAACACUUGCAUUUUUCGGGGUUGGAGUGAACUUAGUCUUGUUCUUAACAAGAGUUCUUCGUCAUGGAAAUGCGUCAGCAGCAAACACUGUCAGUAAUUGGACCGGAACGGUUUACAUGUUCUCGCUGGUUGGAGCAUUCCUAAGCGAUUCCUAUUGGGGAAGAUAUUUGACAUGUUCAAUUUUUCAAGUGAUUAUUGUAAUGGGUACGGUUCUGCUGUCCAUAACAACCUCCUUUUUCUUAAUCAACCCUCCACGUUGUGGAGAUGCAUUUGGAGAAGUAAACUGUAAUCCACCGUCUUCAGUCGGAGUUGCCAUCUUUUACUUGUCAAUUUAUCUGGUUGCCUUGGGAUAUGGGGGUCACCAACCCGCAAUAGCAACAUUUGGAGCAGAUCAGUUUAAUGAGAUGGACCCUGUCGAGAAGCAUUCUAGAGCUCUAUUUUUCUCAUAUUUUUACUUUGCACUUAACGUUGGUUCUUUAUUUUCAAAUACAUUUCUAGUCUAUUUUGAGGAUAGAGGGUUAUGGACAGUUGGCUUUUUGGCAUCAGCUGGUUCAGCCAUUUUAGGACUCGUCCUUUUCUUGUUAGGGACAUCUGGGUAUAAGCGCUAUAAACCAUGUGGUAAUCCGUUGACUCGUAUAGCUCAAGUAUUUGUUGCUACCAUCAAGAAAUGGAAGGUUAAGGUCCCUACUGAUGGGAAGAUGCUCUAUGAGUUGGAAGGUUCAGCUUCAGCUAUAAAGGGGAGCAGAAAGAUCCACCACAGUAAUGAAUUAAGGUGGCUUGACAAGGCAGCAACUAUAACAGUGAAGGACAAGAAUGUAGAAAAAGCUAAACAGGAUCCAUGGAGACUUUGUACCGUAACACAAGUGGAAGAGGUUAAAGCACUCCUGAAGUUGUUACCUAUCUGGAUGUGGACUAUAAUAUACUCUGCAGUGUUCACUCAAAUGGCCUCACUCUUUGUUGAACAAGGAGCUGUCAUGAACACUAAAGUUGGCAAUUUUCACAUCCCUGCUGCAAGCAUGUCGGCAUUCGAUAUUAUUAGUGUUCUGCUCUGUACUUUCAUAUACAACGAGCUUCUAGUGCCAGUCACUGGUAAAUUAACUGGAAACCCUAAGGGGCUUUCUGAGCUCCAAAGAAUGGGAGUAGGACUUCUUAUCGGGUUAUUAGCUAUGCUAGCUGCUGGAUUCACCGAGAUAGAAAGGCUAAGACGUGUAAAUCCUGGAGAAGAGUCUAGUUCAUUAAGCAUAUUCUGGCAAAUACCUCAGUACGUGUUAGUUGGAGCAUCCGAGGUGUUUAUGUAUGUUGGUCAGUUAGAGUUCUUCAACAGUCAAGCUCCAGAUGGACUUAAGAGUUUCGGAAGCUCUCUAUGCAUGGCUUCUAUCUCGUCUGGGAACUUCGUCAGCAGCUUUAUCAUUAACAUAGUAAUGGGAGUCACAGCUGGAGACAGUAAGCCUGGUUGGAUUCCAGGCAAUCUCAAUGAAGGUCAUGUUGACAGAUUUUUCUUCCUCCUUGUCGGACUGAGUGCUGUUAAUUUCAUCUGCUAUUUGCUUUCUGCAAGGUGGUACAAAUAUAUUGAUGUCGAACCUGAAGAUGAAAGGAACUCGGAUAUGGAGGAGCAGCAGCUAGACGUAUAAUAACAUAGACCAUACUGAUACAUUAGAGAGUCAAACUAAUGAUCCUCGGUUAGUGUUUCUUCUAGUAAUCAGCAAAGUAGAUGGUUACUGUUUGUCUUUUUUUAUUGAUAGCCAAGUAGUUACUGUUAUCUGGUCAUAUUACAAGCUAGAGUCCUUGAACAAUGAAACCUUGAAUAUGUCCAUGUUCGUCUUAGGUGGUUGUAGUCUUUUAUUUCAAUAAUUAUGUUGUGUUCCUGAACCCAAUGUGGAUUCAAAGUAGGUGUUCUCAGAAAAUUUGCAAUCUGUGCAUAAGUACAUUUAUUUAAUUAUGUUAUUAAAGUUAUGAUCUAUUCUGCAUAAUCGUAUAAUUUUAUUUUUAUUUUUUAU